GAAAGUCCGUUCCUCUCCUCAGUAUGAAGUUGUGCAUGAACUAGAGAGUGAGGGAGCUAGCGUCGGAGUUUAGUUUUUGUUUUAUUUUAGUUCUUUUUACUUUGUUUUUUUGGUUCGUUUACCCGUCCAUUUCAUCCCGAAGCGUCUGUCUCGAGUUGUUGUAGACCAAUUGAGUCGAUAGUCAAGACCGGGCUAGUAAGCUAGCUGAUGUUAGCUGCGAAGCUGCAGCUUUAGGUUCGGUUUUUUUUUUUUUAGCUCGCUACUUGGACACUUGUGACUCUUUUUAAUCCGACCUAAUAUAUAUAUAAUUUUAGAAUUGUAAUUAUAGGUUCGUGAAACUCAUUUUAACAAUUUAAUGGCACUUCUAUAGUGUUGAGUUUAGUUCGUGUACGGCUAGUGUAUUAGCAUGUAGGAUUAUAUACUGGACAUUAAUAUAACCGACACCGAUAGUAGCGCGUGCCCGCUGCUACCCGCACUGUUAUCAUUGGUAAUGAUUUUACUUUGGGUGACAUUUUAAUUCAAAUUAAACCUUGACCUGCAAAUCGGUUUAGUGUUGCGAUCGUAACAACGGUGUAAGAAUGGAUGCACUUUGCACGUAAUCGAUGAAUAUAAAAUAUAGCAUCAUUCACUAGAGUUGUAUCGGUUUAAAUAAUAUAUCCACAAGACACGUGAUACUGGUUGCACAUUAUUCUACUGUUCUCCAUUAGCCAGGAAAAAAAACAACACCGAUUUAAUAUACCAAUUUAUAAAAUACUAGUGUGCACAUCUACCGCACGACACGCCUCGUUGUGAGACAUAAACAAGACCGAAGUAGGAAAAUAUGGGAGUUCAGGGCUUUCAGGAGUACUUGGAAAAGCGCUGCCCGGGCGCCUCGGUUCCAGUCGAUCUGCUCAAACUGGGCCGAACCGCGGCCCGAAAUGCUCCGCACCACCACCACCACCAUCAUCAUCCUCCUCCUCAUCAUCACCACCACCACCACCACCACCAUCCGAACGCACUGCCCGCGCCUCCGCCUCCACCACCGCCGGCGCGCAUCUUGGUGGACGCAGACUCGGGCCUACAGCGCCUCUAUGGCGGCUACCAGACCGACUGGGUGUGUGGCGGGGAGUGGAACGCCAUGCUCGGCUACCUGGCAGCGCUGUCGCAGGCCUGUCUGUACCAGGGCGGCCUGGAGCUGGUCGUGGCCUUUAACGGCACGCUGGGAAAGGAACGCUGGCCCGAGUGGGCGCGCCGUGCUCAGGCCCACAGGCAGACAGCACAGCUCAUCGUCAACCACGUGGGCAGCAAAGGCACACCGCCCCCACGCGCCUGGUUUCUGCCACCCGCCUGCCUCAGCCACUGCGUGCGCCUCGCCAUGUUCCGUUUCCGCGUGCGGGUGGUUCAGACCCUCGAGGACCAUCACCAGGAGGUGCUGUCCCUGUACAGAGACUGUGGAUUUCAGGGCCUGAUUGCACAGGACUCGGAGUUUGCUCUAUGCAAUGUCCCGGCCUACUUCAGCUCCCACGCUCUCAAACUCUCCUGGAAUGGGAAGAACCUGACCACUCACCAGUACCUGCUGCCUGAAGCUGCUCGCCAACUGGGCCUCAAAACCCAGCACCUUCCCAUCUUUGCUUCCUUGCUUGGAAACCAUAUUCUGCCUGAUGAAGAUCUGGCUGCCUUUCAUUGGAGUUUAUUGGGUCCAGAACACCCUCUUGCCUCCCUGAAGGUAAGGGCUCACCAGUUAGUCCUCCCACCUUGUGAGGUUGUGAUUAAGGCUGUUUCAGAGUACGUUGCAUCGAUUAAAGACCUGGGAAACCUGGAUGCUGUGGCCAGAGAUGUGUUUAAACAGUCUCAGUCUCGGACCGAAGACAAAAUCGAAAGAUUUAAAAAGGCAGUGGAGUAUUUUUCAGUGGCCAGUAAACCAAGACCUCUUUCAAUGGGACCUUCUCCUUACCUCUUGCCAGGUUUUGGGCCUGGACAGUUUGGGCCUCCUCCAGGCCACAUGGCAACACUGCAGUCUGGGAAAGCCCAGGUAUCAGGUGUUAAGGUGCCUUAUCCCAGUGGGUCCUACGGCCCUGGUUCAGCCUCUGGUCCUGCCCUUCUAUAUCAGAACCCGCCUCCUCCAUUGCAGGAAUGCAGUGAUUCUCUUAUUGGGAAAAUGGGCUUUCCUGAUUGGUCCGCUCCGUAUGAUUCCAAUCAAGCUGGCAACCGACUGCCCAAUCACCACACAGCUGUGCCGACGGGCACUUCCCCGUCGCCAUCGUCUUCUUCAGAUGGCGAAGACCAAAAUGACACCAGCACUAAUCAUUUGGCCGAUAAGUCCUCUAGAUGGGAAGAGCCAGGUGGCCGUGGGGGCGGCGCCUCCGGUGAUGGUCACCAAGGCAAUGGAAGUGGGUCUUCAAUUCCAUCACUGCUGUCCAUGGCAACACGAAGUCACAUGGACAUCACAACGCCACCUCUUCCACAGGUCAGCACUGAGGUGCUGCGAGUGGCAGAGCACAGACACAGGAGAGGACUCAUGUACCCGCAGAUUUAUCACAUCCUCACCAAGGGAGAAAUGAAGAUGCCAGUGUGUAUAGAGGAUGAGUGUAAUCCUGACCUGCCUCCUGCUUCUUUGCUGUUCCGCUCAGCACGGCAGUAUGGCUACGGUGUGCUGUUUAGCCUGGCUGAGACCCAGAGGCGAUUGGAGAGACUGGCCAUGCGCAAGCGCAUUCCACUAGAGGUUCCCCCAGUGAUUAUUAAGGAGUGGUGUGCCAGUAAAGCCAAGUCUGCCCUGACCCCUGAGCUUGUUCCAGCUCUGUGUUUCCGUGAAUGGACCUGUCCAAAUCUAAGGCGUCUGUGGUUAGGCCGGGCAUCCGAAGACCGAAGCCGCCGCACAAGGGCUUUCCUGGCCUGCAUGAGAUCGGACUGUCCUGCGCUGCUUAACCCAGCCUGUGUGCCAUCACACCUGCUGCUCAUGUGCUGUGUACUCAGGUAUAUGAUGCAGUGGCCAGGUGGUCGUAUUCUCCAACGCCACGAGCUUGAUGCCUUUUUGGCUCAAGCGGUCUCCAACCAGCUUUAUGAGCCUGAUCAACUGCAGGAACUUAAGGUGGAGAAAGUGGAUAAUCGUGGGGUGCAGCUGGCCUCUCUCUUCAUGAGCGGUGUGGAUACUGCCCUGUUUGUAAAUGAUGUUUGCGGCCAGCCGCUGCCCUGGGACCACUGCUGCCCAUGGGGCUUCUUUGAUGGCAAGUUGUUUCAGAGUAAACUGGCCAAGGCUACCAGAGACAGAGCCUCCCUGUUGGAAAUGUGUGAAGGCCAGGAGGAACUGGUGUCUCGUGUAGAGAAGAUGAGGCAGGCUAUUCUAGAGGGCAUCAACCUGUCCCGGCCACCUCCACCACCUCCACCACUGCCACCCCCAGCCUUCCUGUCUCCUGCCAUGGUGCCACCGUUCUACCCUAUGCACCCUCUGUACCCACCUCGUCCCCUAGGCGCCAUGCCUCCUCCGCAUCACCAGCACAGACCAAGAGCCUUCCCAGGCAUUCAGUCAAUUCCUCCACAAGGUGGCAAGCUGGAGAUUGCUGGCAUGGUUGUUGGACAGUGGGCUGGAAACAAACCGAUGCGUGGCAGAGGAGGGUUUAACAUGCAGGUGGUAUCAGUGGGAGGUGGAAAAGGCAGGGUUAGAGAAGUGAUAUCCAAAGGAAGGGGAGGGAAGAAAACAAACAAUCGUUCACAGAAUCUCUCUUCCUCGCCCACCUCCUCCAGCCCCCCGAAACUGGCAGAGGAACUCAAAACAUUGGGGCAUUCCAACGAGAGAGCCGGGGGUGCAUCCCAGCAGCUGAACGGCAGCUCAUCAGGAAGCGCCGCCGGCCACCCCGUUGACCUACCACCACUGGCCCAGCCAAUCCAGUGUGCCUUAGCCAGCAGAGACAGCCAAUCAGGAGACGGGGUGGAGGUAGAGGCCCCGUGUUGCCUUGACGAUUGCUCGUCAGACGGUGCACUACAGAAAGAGGAGUAAUGACAUCCUAUAGUGUAAUGAGAAUGAUUGAGUUGAGAGGGAAUGUUUCGAGUUUGACUGCCUUUUCCUUGCAAAACAUGAUCAUUAGGGCACAGUA